AUGAACCUUUUGAGCAUUAGAAAACAUGGCUCAGUAAUGUGGCUGAUUUUUCUUCUCACAAUAGUGGUAGGAGUUCUUGCUGCUGGGGACUCGACGAGCACAAGUGUUAGUCAAACAAGUCGUAGCUCAAACAGAAGCACAGGAAGUGCAAGUGCUAGCUCCGGUGCCAGUUCCAGUGCCAGUUCCAGCUCUGAAAACACAAACUCUAGAACAAAUGCGAGCUCCAGAUCAAAUUCAAGUCCUAGUGCAACCACGACUAGAUCCAUGCCAUCUCUUAGAUCCACUUCCAGCAGAUCUAUGCCGUCGCUUAGGACCACUUCCACGAACCCUAGUUUGACAUCACGAUCAUCACAUACAGAUUCAGCGAGCUCAUCCUCAUCAUUCGUCCCCACUUUUACACCUAUAGUUCCAAAUGAAGAAGAUAAUCGAUACAUUUACCGUGCCAGUCAUGCUGGCGGCACUGUGUUCAUUGCAGUUGGUAGUUGUCUUGGCUUCAUACUGCUGUUGGUUGGUCUUGUGGUGGGUAUAUUCACAAUAACUUCGUGGUACCGAGCACGUAAAGAGUAUAAGCUGAAAGAAAUAGAGAGCAAGUAUCAAAGUGAUCCUUUUUUUUUCUCGCAGGCCACAGAUUCUGGUGACAACAACAGCUAUUCGGAUAAUGACGACAAUAGUGACAUCUCAGAAAAAGUUUUGAAAACUAGAAAUUCAAGAAUGACACUUCACACCCUCGGUUCCACUUCUGUUUUCAAUUUAUUGAAUCAUGACAACAAAUCGAGCGACGUGCUUGACAAUUCAGCACAAAAACAAUCACAUAAUAAAAGACAAUCCAUGUUCAUUUCCCCAACGGAAAUAUUACAAAACGAAGGUGGAAAUCAGUCAAAUAUUUGGUCGGAUAGUAACUUUAGUUCAAGUAGGAUUUUAGAUUCUGCAGAUAGUACGCCAAGAGAGCAAGUGCGGACACAAUUCAUCAAUAACCCAAGCAUGAGUAACUUGGCUUCAAACACACCUUGGAAAGAAAGCAUUAGUCCAAGAGAAUAUAUACAGAAUAACUCAUCGCUGUUACGUCCAGACUUGACGAGUUCACAUGGAUAUUCUGUUGACAGUGGCGUGCAACAAAGGGAUGCAUCGCCAAAGCUGAAGAAAAAUUACAGACCGCCAAGUGUUCAUUUAGACACUCUUCUUGAUGGGAAUUAUGAACAGUGA